CAAAUUUUCACCUUUGCAACUUUCCACCUUUACUUUUACUUUUAAUAUUUGCUUUUUUUUUUUCCAAUUCGCACCAUUUCGUUCAAUUUGUUUUAUUUUCCUCACUUUUUCAUCACUUUUACCAUACCUCAGUGCUUAUCACACACACACACACACACACACUCUCUCUCUCUCUCUCCCUCCCCCUCUCUUUGUAUUUCCCUUUCCUUUUCUCUCAAUGAUGUCUGAGCUAGCUCCUCCAAAUAAGACCCCGCCGAAUCAAAUAGGCAACAGCAAGACAGGUGGCACUAUCCAAACGCCCUCAAAAAAUCAAAAAAAGGAGGAACUGCCGCCCGGGGAAUCGGAGCCCCCCGAAGUACGCGAUAGGCGCCGUCAGCGGCUGCUGAAAUGCCUCGGCGAUAACAUUGAGAAGGUUGAUCUGUUUGAUGACUUUGUCAAAUCGCUGGGCGUGAAGCAGCGGUAUAAUCAGUUCAUCGAGGAUUGGCCUGAUCUCUUCCUCAACAUAGCCAAGGGGUCGCCAGUGGUUGAUAGCAAGGGUAUCGUGGCCAAUACAGGUUACCCGAUUGAGGAGUUCGGCGAUUUCCCCAUUGCUGACGUGUUCAAAAGCAACUCGGGGAAAUUGAUCGGGUUGACUAAGGAAGCUUGCUUGGUCAAAUAUUUUAUUCUUCUCUUCAACGCGAUGGUCAAUGCGGUUGAUGUCGCAAAUGGGGGUAUUCCAGCAGGCAGAACUCCAGUCCCAGAGUGUGGGCUUAAUCUGGGUGACCAUCAGAGCGAUGCUAUACUAGGCACACCGCACAAGCCAGACAUCGCAUUUUACUACAGUGACUACGCAGAGGAGAACGCUCAUUCCAUCCAUGCUAUACUCGAGGCCAAGAUGGAUCCAAACUCCAGUAGAACUCCAGAGGAUACUCGUGGCCAGCUCGCAGAUUACGGACAUUUACUUAAUGAUCAGCAGGCAACCCGCACGUUUGCGCCUAUCUUCUACCUCCAUGGGCACAUCCUGACGCUUCACACAUAUUAUCGUGACAAACUGUACAUCGUCGAGCUCGGCCAGCUAUGCUUUAAUACGAAUAAUUGGACGUCUCGCCGAGCUAAAAGAAUUCAGUCAUGCCUCAUGCAGUUCUGGUUCCUGUUGACUCUUGAGUCGAACAUCUUCGGACAUUUCUGCGAUGUCUCGAAGAAAUCUAGCUCUUUCAUUUUUUCGCAGGAAGUCGAUGUGGAGAGCAAGGGCGAUUCAAAGAUCGAAGUCUUAUACUCAGCUUCCAAGCAUGUCAAGGAUGUCAAGGAUGUCAAGGAUGGCGCUGCUCUGUUUUGUAUCAAGGAGACAAUAGCGCGUUAUUCAUACAUGAUUGGGCGCCAUGUCCAUUUAUUCAGGGGGACUUGCAAAGGUCGUGAUGCUGUGCUGAAGCUUUCCUGGACCCCAUCAAGACCAAAAAGGAGAUACGCAAGCUAGUUCCUAGCUUUGUCAAGCAGCUGACCCUGUGCCUUGCCCAGGCAAAUGACACUGGUGUCCUGCACAGGGAUAUCUCAGCAGGGAAUGUGUGCAUCAAAAACGACAAGGUGUAUGUCAUUGACUGGGGCUGUGCCAAGGUCAUUGGCUGGGGGACUACUAAGGAUGCUGCCAGGGAUGCUCCUAGGGAUGCUGCUGAGGA